AACAAUGGGUUAGAGGAAUGUAGGUAUAGUACAGCCACACUUAAGUCUAUAGGUGCCCUCUGAGGCCAUACGCAUGAGCCCUAAUUUCUACAUAUCAGUGUGCUCAGCUCCUCGUGUUCUGUAAGGGUGUAUUCACACUAGUGUAAAAACCGGUCUAUCCCAUACUUAUAAAGACACAUGGCCAAGAAUGGCUGAUAACAGCGAACACUAGACUGUACAGCCUUCAAUGCAGAUGGCGCAGAUGUGAGCCGGUUCAUCCGAUAUGGAAGUUUGUCCCAUGAGUGUAGAAGGGCUCUGGGAUGGUGCGGUACCGCCCCGUGCUCACACUACACGGGCAGAGCCUCCAGUGACUGGCCGGGCACACGGGGAGACGUGGUAGAAACACUGAGGGACGGUACGAGGGCUCGGCUCCUGUUCACACGUCUCGUCUUCCCUGUCCGGCCCAUACAAGAGCCGCAGGUCGCCGUCUCGUCGGAUGUGGCAGGACUGGUCGUAGUAAAUCUGUGUCUCUCUCUGAACACGCCUGUCUGCGCUGCUCCCUCCCCCUCUCCUCCACCCUGCAGUCACAUCCUGCAGUCUCUGUCUCUCUCCUCCUGCUGCUGCUGCUGUCUCCGGGGUCUCUUCCUGCUGGGAUUGGGAGAGACAUCUGUGUGUUGUCUCACAAGGACCCCCCGCCCUGUGGAGCUGAGGUGUCCCGGAGCCCCCGGCCUGUGUGUGUAGCCGCGGCCCUGGAGAUGUGUGCGGCCCUGGCUCGCUGUCUGUGGAUGUGGUAGCCUGGUGUGUACUGUGGAGCCGUCCCUCAUCUGGCCGGACCUGUGUGGCUGUCUCUCCCAGGAUCUAUGAGCCGCCUUUUCCAGACUCCUUCUAAUGACGUCUCCACGGACUGAGCUGGCCGGCUGUCUCUUCGCCUGUGUGGAUGUCUCUUUCUGCUAUCAGGAGGCCUGAGAUCUUCGGGGACAUAGAGCAGGGUGUCCCCCCACUGACGGGGAACCGUCCAUACUCCUUCUGAUGGGACACGGAGUGCUGCCAUGUCAGAGGUGGGGGGUGGCAGUGGGCGACGCCGCCUGCUGGAUGAAGACUUCACUCUGCAGGUUUAUCCCGGCAGCAUCUCCCCAGAUGUCAUCUACUGUCCAGUGCCCGCUCGCUGGCACACCACAGCUGCUGAUGUCAUUGAUGCUGUCAUUACGGCACUGCGCUUGGACAGAGCCAAGUGCUAUGUACUGGCUGAGGUCAAGGAGUUUGGUGGAGAAGAGUGGAUCCUUAACCCUACUGACUGUCCUGUGCAGCGCAUGAUGCUGUGGCCCAGACUUGCCUUAGAGGCUCGUGGGUCUGGAGAGGACUAUCGAUUUCUCCUGAGGGAAAAAAAUGUGGAUGGCUCUAUCCACUAUGGCAGUCUCCAGUCUUGGCUAAAAGUGACAGAAGAGCGCAGGCGCAUGGUUGAGAGGGGUUUCCUUCCUCAGGAACAGGGACCGGAAUGUGAAGACCUAUGUGGAUUGCCUGAUCUAAGUGAGAGGACAUUGCUUGAGACUCUUAGAACACGAUUCCGACAAGAGAAGAUCUACACUUAUGUUGGAAGUAUUUUGGUAGCAGUUAACCCAUUCCGUUUCUUACCAAUCUACAACCCUAAAUAUGUGAAGAUGUAUGAUAACCGAAGGCUGGGAGACCGGGAGCCUCACAUAUAUGCAGUGGCAGAUGCUGCUUACCAUGCUAUGCUCCGUCGUCAGUGUAACCAGUGCAUUGUGAUUUCUGGGGAAACAGGCUCUGGAAAGACUCAAAGCACAAACUUUCUUAUACAUCAUUUGACUGCUCUUAGCCAGAAGGGAUAUGCUAGUGGAGUGGAACAGAUAAUUCUUGGUGCUGGACCUGUGCUGGAGGCUUUUGGAAACGCUAAGACAUCUCAGAACAACAAUUCCAGUCGAUUUGGAAAAUUCAUCCAAGUCAACUAUCAUGAGACAGGAACAGUGCGGGGGGCUUAUGUGGAAAAGUAUCUACUGGAGAAGUCUCGGCUUGUUUACCAGGAACAGCAAGAGAGGAAUUACCAUGUUUUCUACUAUCUGUUGGCUGGAGCAAGUGAAGAGGAGAAGGCUGAAUUUCAUCUUGAUCAUCCAGAAACCUAUCAUUACCUAAACCAGAGGCAGCGUAAGCCGCAAAGACAGAACUGGGGAGACUAUGAUGGUGAAGAUGAAACAGAUUCCUUGAGUGGGGAGGGUGAGGACCUGAGACAUGACUUUGAGCGUCUUCAGCUGGCUAUGGAAAUGGUUGGCUUCCUGUCAGCUACACGUAAACAAAUCGUUUCUCUCCUGUCUGCAAUCCUACACCUUGGUAACAUACAGUAUAAGAGAAAGACCUACAGAGAUGAGUCAAUUGAUAUUUCAAAUCCUGAAACCCUGCGCAUAGUUUCUGAUCUUCUAAAGGUUCGAGAAGAAAUGCUCCUGGAUGCACUUAUUACAAGGAAAACUGUUACAGUUGGAGAAAAACUUAUCUUGCCGUACCGUCUGCCAGAGGCCGUUACAGUCAGGGACUCUUUGGCAAAGUCUCUUUACAGCGCCUUGUUUGAUUGGAUUGUCUUCCGUAUUAACCACGCCCUGCUCAACAUCAACAGCAAGGCGAUAGAUGAAGGAAGUCAGACACUUUCCAUUGGGGUACUUGACAUCUUUGGCUUUGAGGAUUACGGCAGCAACAGCUUUGAACAAUUCUGUAUUAACUUUGCCAAUGAACGUUUGCAGCAUUAUUUCAAUCAGCAUCUGUUUCAGCUGGAGCAGGAGCAAUAUCGGUUGGAGGGAAUAAGCUGGAGUAAUAUCAAAUACACUAAUAAUGAAGGCUGUAUCAAUCUGAUCAGUAAGAGGCCAACAGGACUCAUCCAGCUGCUAGAUGAGGAAAGCAACUUCCCACAAGCUACUCACCAAACCCUCCUUGAGAAGUUUAAACAUCACCAUGAAGGCAAUGCCUACAUAGAGUUCCCAGCCGUUAAGGAGCCAGCGUUCAUAAUCCAGCAUUAUGCUGGCAAGGUUAAAUAUGGUGUUAAGGAUUUCCGGGAGAAGAACACGGAUCACAUGCGCCCUGACAUUGUGGCCUUACUGCGCAGUAGCCGGAACGCCUUUAUUCGUGGAAUGAUUGCGAUAAGUCCAGUGGGAGCAUUUCGUUGGGCAUUGCUAAGAGCAUUUUUCAGAGCUCUGUGGGCAUUUAGGCAGAGCGGGAAAAAUAGCACGGGCAAAAAAACUGGCUCGGGCCCCCUCAGCACACCAGGGCCUCCUGGCUCAUCUCACAAAGGCCUUUCUAGCUUUAGCUUUCUGCAGCACCCCGUCCACCAAAGGAGUUUACAGAUCCUGCAGAGGUGUCAGAACGACCAAUACAAUAUUCCUCGUCCCACUCCUCGUACUCCUCUCUCUGACCUACAGGGUGUAAAUACAAUACAAGAAAGGACUCCACGGGAGCUGACAUGGUCAACAAGAAGACAUCGCCUGUCGUCCACUAACUCGUACCUGGAAGGUGGUGGUAUCUUCAUCAGCUCUUCCAGUUCCAACAUGAACAACAACGAUAGCAAACUGCUAGAAAGGGCACAUGGCAUUCUUAUGAGAAACAGGAGCACAAAAUCUAAACCUGCUCUUCCUAAGCACCUAUUGGAUGUGAAGUCUCUGAAACAUCUGUCUAAUCUCACACUUCAUGAUCGCAUUACCAAGUCCUUGCUGCAUCUUCAUAAGAAGAAGAAGCCGCCAAGUAUUAGUGCACAGUUCCAGGCAUCUUUAAACAAGCUGAUGGAAACUUUGGGACAGGCUGAACCUUAUUUUGUGAAAUGCAUCCGUUCUAAUGCAGAAAAGGUGCCUUUGCGUUUCAAUGACUCACUGGUGCUCAGACAGCUCCGUUACACAGGAAUGCUGGAAACUGUCCGAAUUCGCCAGUCUGGCUACAGCUGCAAGGUCCCCUUUCAGGACUUUGUAACUCAGUUUUCAGUAUUCUUGCCAAAAAAUGUUACCUCUACCCGCCAAAGUAUCCAGGAAUUCUUUUGGAAGAUGGGUCACAGCCCUGAUCAGUAUCAAGUUGGCAAAACCAUGGUUUUUCUGAAGGAGCAGGAGAGACAAUUGCUUAGAGACAUGCUACAUCAGACAGUAUUACAGCGCAUCAUUCUCUUACAGCGUUGGAUAAGAGCCAUGCUACAGCGGAAGAGAUUUUUGCACCUUAAAGAUGCAGCAAUUACAGUUCAGAGAUACUGGAGACAUUACAAGAAAAGAUUGAGUGAACAGGAAGUGCAGGCCAGAGACGAGUCACUUUACCAAGCUGCUUGUAUUAUCCAGUCAUGGUGGAAAGGCUACAAAGCCAGACGAGACUACCAGCAGAUAAAGGAGUCAGCUGCCAUUAUACAGACUGUUUGGCAAAAAUGUUGGCUUCGUAGGCAGAGGGCAGCAAUAUGCAUCCAAGCUGCUUGGAGGAGUCAUGUCGCAAGGACACAAUAUAAGUGCAAGAGAAAGCACAUUAUAACUUUACAAGCAGCAUUUAGAGGUGUUCUAGCAAGGCAAAGGGUACGUUUAUUGAAGCAACAAUUGCCAAGCCAUUUGAUGCAGGACAUUUCUCUAGAAGAUAAUAGUAAUGCAGUCUUCAAGUCACCACUGCAAUCCCCUGACACUGAUGUUAGCCACUGGGAAGACAUCUCUGAACACAGCCACUCAAACCCCCCAAGUGCAACACUUCCUGGAAGGGGUAAUGAAGUACAGUUUAGAGAGAGACCUAAAUCUUUAGAGGAUCCCAACCAAAGGAAAGUGGUCAGAGCCAAAAGGGAAAGCCGUCGCAUGAGAGAGCUAGAGCAGGCACAGUUUAGUCUUGAAUUGCUGAAAGUACGUAGCAGUGGAGGUAUGUCUCCAUCAGAUGAGAGACGUUGGUCUGCAGAAUUAAUUCUAGAUAAAGUUCCAGAUACCCCUGAAAGUGAGGGAUCUUUUGGUAGUUUGGAACUUAUUAGCUGUGAAGAAAAUGUGAAGCCUUCUGAGGAACCUUACCAUCCUCCAUCUAGCUCUCCAACGCAUAGACAUCCUAAAAUUUCCAGUGAACUUUUACAAGACUCAUUUAAAAUGCCUGGCUCUUUGACUUCUCAAGAAACGCCUGUAUCUUUAUUUGCUGAACCUAUGAGUACCCAGUCUUGCAAAUCUGACAGCUCCAUCACAAGAGACUUGCCAAAAAGUCCUAAGAAUGAAACUCAAACUACCUACAACAAACCACCAAUUCACUCCGAUGAGGAGUAUCCUAGUUCUUGCAUCUCUAGCCAAAUAAGCUCAAAUUUUUUACCAUUAUUAGCACAUUCCAAUGGUCCUCAAGAGCUUUCUCAUAGUGGGUCACCUCAUUCUAAUGGAAUCCCUUGUGCUUCUGGAGAAAACUCAAAUUCUGGUAGAGAAGAAAAUCUUUCAUCCAAUGGACAUCUUACUUCACCACUUCAGAGUUCUUUGCGAAGUCUUACAGUUCAAAUGUCCCCUGUCUCUGAUAUUAAAGCUCUUCCUACACAAAAUGAUGCUUCUCCUGAGAACCAAAAGUGCCCUGUGUCCCAUCAUCCCCCAUCACCAUUAACCAAUGCAGUUGAUAUUGCCUGGGGUUCUUCAUCCAGCUGGAGACAAAAGCCUGAAGCACAUGAACUGUCAGAAAGUGCACCAGCUAAAACUUCUGUCCUUUUUCCUUACAAGACACACACUCGUGAGCCCCAACUUUCCUGUAGCCUCCCGACUUUUUAUGUCCCAAACCAGGGAAUGCUUAGAACCCAGGAGCACAGUGAUCUUGGAGUUGCUCCUUCUGAUGCCGUCCUUCAGAAACUUCAAAAGCUUCAUAAAGAAAAGGAGGAGCUGCAGAAACAGCUACAGCAAGAAAAAGAAAGACUUAUGAUGGAGCAAAUUCGCAAAGAAAAACAGGAGCUGGAGAGACAACGUAAACUGCAGGAACAACAUGGACAUAACAGAGACUCUGAUAACUCUUUGCACCUACCUAGGAGUACCACCAAGAAGCAGUCUGAUAGGCCACAGUCUCUUCUGUUACAGGGUACACAGUGGAAGAGCCAUACUUCUAAGACAGAGAUCAAAGGAUUAACAGUUAAAGGGAAGACUGGCUUAGUUUCGCACAGUGACCGUCCAGUUAGCAUGUUUUUGGACCAAAGGGAGUUACGGGAAGCUCCAAAAGAAGAUGUGACAGGAGACAUUGGUGAUUCAGGGAAACGUCCUUGGUUGCACAGCACUGUGAAUUCCAACAUCUUUUUUACACCCAAAGGGAAUAUUAGUAGUGACUCAGAUAAUUCUUCUCUUCAACCUCACCGAUCUGCACGUAGUGACCUUUCAAAGAGGUUGGAUGCAACUGAGCCGUCCGGAAUGAGUGAGGCGCCACACAGACGAAAAGCUCGUAUGGCACGAACUCGAUCAGAUUUCAUGACUAGAGGAGCUCUUGGGGGGGGAGACUCUGAGGAGGAUUCAGAUGAACUGGGGGAGCGGAUUCCCCCCUCUGACCCAACUGAGGAAUCAGGCAGACAGAUCCAGGCAUGUCACAGCGACUCAGAAAUGAUGCUACAGAAAGCUCAGGGUAUGGAGCGGCUCAGCAAACUCCAGAAAGCUAUGUCUCAUGGAGAGAUGUCUCGCGUACCACCUGCUCAUCGUACUACAGAGCAAGAUUCUAGACCCCAGAGAGGAAAAAUUCGCUUCUGGGGUAAGAUGAAGGCAGUGGAAAAGUUGACGCCACAGACAGAGGUACUAGAAAUGGACAAAGAUUCUUUAGGUAAAGAGGGGAUUCACUUCAAUGAUGGGGAUCCUGGAUUAUGGCUUGCUCCUCACAGUCCUGAUCUUAGUCGAGGACGGGAGAAGGAGAAUAAGGACCCAUCCCCUAAAGUGCAGCGAAGGAGGAGUUUGAAGAUCAGCAGUGCUGCUCUGGAACCUGCCCAGUGGCAGGAUGAGCGGGCUCAAAUCAUUUGCAGUGCCAGCGACUUGAAAUGUAUGGAUGAAUUCUUGCUAAAAAAGAUCAGUGAUCUGGAUUCAGAAGAUGGAAAAAAGGAUUCUAUGGUUGAUGUUCUUUUCAAGCGAGCUUUAAAAGAAUUCCGCCAGAACAUUUUCAGCCUCUACUCCAGUUCACUUAUGGGUGAAGAUGGGAAGAGCAUCCGAUACAGGGACCUUGGGGCACUUUUUGAGCAGAUCCUAGACAAGACCAUGAAGCAACAUCAACAGAGAAGCUGGAACGAAUCCCCAGUGCGAGUUUGGAUCAAUACGUUCAAAAUUUUCCUAGAUGAAUUUGUCACUGAAUAUAAACCCCUAAAUUAUACCCUAGGAAAGACCCAAAAACCAGAAAGAAAGAAAAGGCGGAAAAAAGAGUCAGAUAUUGUUGAGGAACACAAUGGGCAUAUAUUUAAAGCCACUCAGUACAACAUUCCCACAUACUGCGAGUUCUGUUCUUCUCUUAUCUGGAUCAUGGACCGAGCUGCUGUUUGUAAAUUAUGUAGAUUUGCUUGUCACAAAAAAUGCUGCUCCCAGAUCACCACAACCUGUAGUAAAAAGUACGACCAUGAGCUGUCCAACCGUCACUUUGGGGUGGAAUUGUCACGUCUCACAAAUGAAGAUCGGACAGUUCCUGUCCUGUUGGAAAAACUCAUCAGCUACAUUGAAAUGCAUGGCUUGUAUACAGAGGGUAUAUACAGGAAACCAGGUUCAACAAAUAAGAUUCGUGAGCUUAGGCAAAACCUUGACACAGAUAUUGACAAUGUAAAUCUGGAUGAUUAUAAUAUCCAUGUGAUUGCCAGUGUAUUCAAGCAGUGGCUGAGGGAACUUCCCAAUCCUCUGAUGACAUUUGAGCUCUAUGAAGAGUUCCUUAGAUCUAUGGGUCUUGGUGAGAGAAAGGAAACUGUGCGGGGAGUAUAUUCCAUAAUAGACCAACUCUCGCGGACACAUCUCAGUACUUUGGAGAGACUCAUUUUUCACCUUGUCAGGAUCGCCCAGCAGGAGGAAACUAAUCGCAUGUCUGCCAAUGCACUGGCAAUCGUGUUUGCUCCAUGUAUUCUCCGUUGUCCAGACACUACAGAUCCACUGCAGAGUGUACAGGACAUUGGCAAGACCACAGCCUGUGUGGAGCUCAUUGUUGUGGAACAAAUGAAUAAAUAUAAAGCACGUCUGAAGGAUAUCAAUAGUCUAGAGUUUGCCGAGAACAAAGCCAAGAGUCGUCUGUCCCUAAUCCGCAGGUCUAUGAAACCUGUACUAAUUGCAGUUAGAUUUAUGAGCAUAAAUCGCAGCACCCUGCCGGGGAAAGGACGGCUUCGCUCGAAUCUGAGCCCUGUGAUAUCAGGGCGGCCCCCUGUUCUAGAUGCAACUGGCGACCUCGGGUUAUCCACUAUUCCUUCUGAAGAUGAAUCUUCGGAGCAGAAGGAAGCAGCCAUGCAGCAAGAAGAACGAGUACUGGCGCAGCAGAUAGAGACUCUACAGAAGGAGAAGGAGGAGCUUGCUUAUGAAAUGCUAGCUUUAGAGCCACGAGCUUCAGACGAUGAGACCCUGGAGUCUGAAGCAUCUCUUGGGACUGCAGACAGCUCUGAGAACCUGAACUGUGAGUCUGAAGGGGCAGCCUCAAUCAGAUCAGAAAGAGUUCUGAGUUCCAUGCGAGGCCCACGGACAGAGGCGACAAGAGUACGGAGACCGGUCAAGAGAGAAAAUGACAGCACGGAUAGUGGAGACCGCAACCUUUCUUCCCCUACUGCUUCAUCUUGCUUACCCCACCUGGGAAGAAAGAGGUUCCACUUACAUUCUAAAUCCCCCUUUUACCGGGAACCCCCUUCAGCAGACUCUCAGGACUCUGGGGCCACUGUCCACUUCACAAGUCGUGGAACUUUUAAUCCAGAGAAAGGACGCCAAAAAUUAAAGAAUGUCAAACAAUCUCCUCAGAAACCAAGGGAUCCUGCAGAGAGUGGGGAGCAAAGGAUGCUGGGAUCAGAUGGCAGCUCACAAUCUGUUGUCUUGUUUGGGAGCAAUGAAUUUAUGGUUUAAAAAAGGUAUAUUGUUUCCUUUGUUUUGCCAAGAGCUGUGCCCUCCCACAUAGCUUUAUCCUGGUGCCACAUUGUGUAACCAGGAGCCAAAACUUGGCAUGCGCUGCCAACGCAUACCAGGGACCAGCCAGGCCAUGUUUAACAAACGCCUUACCCAGCUAGCCCAUACAGAACUGUUUAACACUCCUUUUAUCAACAUAAACUGAUCUCAACAGAAAGAGGCUUUUAUUAUAAAUAUUAUUAUAUUAAUAUUAUUAAUUUUAUUUGUGGUUUCUAAGCCCAUUAUAAAUAAACCAUUCCCUUUAAUUUAAAAGCAGCAUCUGCACUGUGGUUACACAAAGCUUUGUAAGGUUGAAGCCUCCUGAUCUGCAUGGCUCAACUUGUCUGUGGGUACAUCACCCCUUAUUUUGUUUGUCCUUUUCAUCUGCACUCCAGAAAUAUUGGUCAGAACUCAAACUGACAGAAAAAAAUUGCAUCUUUCUCGAGUGAGUACAUUCCAUUGGUUUUGUGGGAUCCACAGCGUAUGGACUCGAGAGAAGAUAGUGUCAAGUGAAUGCUAUGCUUGGAAUCCUGAUUCAUUCCAAGUGAAACCUUUUAUGCAGAAGAAGAUUUAUGUGGAACAGAGACGGAGCAACUUCCACUUCAUGCAUAACUUUUCUGGCUGUAAAUGUUACCACAACAUAAACCUGCUGAGCCUUAUAAAGGGCAGACACUUCCAUACUGAAUGUAAAUGCCCUGCAUCUGGGAGAUGCCACUGGGUGCAAGGUGCAAUGGGAGACUGUGCUACCAUAUGUAUUUAGAACAAUCUGUGUACAUUUCCGGCUGUAAAAUCCAUUACAUUGCAAACAAACCCAGAGCUUAUUAAAAGAACAAAAGCUGCAGAACAUUAA